CUGUCGGUUCUCACCUCUCAUCUGCACUCCCGGUCUCUUGCUCCUCUCUCGUCCUUCCUCCCCUCUCUGAACCCUAACCCUUUCUUCCCUCAUCUCGUUUGCUCGCGAGGCCGUAGCCAUGGCGGCGGAGGAGAUCUUGGCGGCCGUGGAGGAGACCGUGAAGGAUUCCGCCCCGGCUGAGCCCGCGGGUGAGAACCCGGCGGGUAAGACGAAGAAGGCGAAGGAGCCCAAGGCUAAGAAGCCCUCCGCUCCCAGAAAGCCCAGAACCAGCCCUGCUCAUCCCCCUUACAUGGAGAUGAUCGGAGAGGCGAUUACAUCGCUGAAGGAGAGGACGGGAUCGAGCCAGUACGCGAUCACCAAGUUUAUUGAAGACAAGCACAAGGCUCACCUCCCUUCCAACUUCCGAAAGCUCCUCCUCCUCCAGCUCAAGAAGCUCACCGCCGGCGGUAAACUCACCAAGAUCAAGAACUCCUACAAGCUUCCUCCCGCCCCCGCCCGCCUCCGCGUUCCUACCAAGCCUGUCUCCGCCCCUGCUUCAGCCAAGCCCAAGCCCAAGCCCAAGCCAAAGCCAAAGCCGAAGCCCGCUGCGGCCGCUAAACCGAAGUCCAAGCCCAAGCCAAAGCCCAAGCCUGCCGCGUCCGCGAAGCCCAAGCCGAAAUCGAAGCCGGCGACGGCUGUGAAACCGAAGCCGAGGGCCCCGGCCAAGCGCAAGGCUCCCGUUGCAAAGCCAAAUCCGAAGCCUCCGGUAAAGGUAACCAAGCCGAAGGCGAAGACCCGGCCGGCGAAGGCGGCCAAGACCUCAGCCAAGGAUACCCCAGGGAAGAAGGCCGCCGCGUCGGCGAAGCCCGCCGCUCAGAAGAAGGCUACCGCACCGGCGAAGCCCGCCGCCGCCCAGAAGAGGGGUGCCGCCUCGAAGGCGGCACCCAAGAAGGCGAAGGCCGGGAAGACCGCAGCGAAGCCUCCGGUGAAGAAGGUCCCCGCUAGGAAGGCGAAAAAGUAGAUUUAUUAUUAUAUUUUUUCCCCUUUUUUAACCUUUAUUUCCGUAAUGCUGGUUUGUAAAUUCAAUGAUGCAGUAGGGGUAUGUUUGGUGUUUGAAUACCUUUGUGUUUUUUUUAUCCCUUUUUAAGAGGAGAAAAAAUAUUUGCACACCACUCUCUUAUCCAAA